AGCAGCCAGGCGACUCCAAGCGCUCUCUCAGCCACGCCUCCUCCUCUCCUCGCCCCGCCCCGCCCCGCCCCCACCGCGAUAAGCAGAGAGGCCGCGGGGAAAGAAUCCUUCCUGAUCGGUAGAAUCUCGGACGGGGAGGGGCCAUGGGGAUACUACUGGUUUCCGGGAGAUUCUUGGCUCGACGGCCUGCCCUCGCGCUCGCCCCUCGCUGCUCCCGAGGCUCCCCGGACAAGCGCGGCAGGGACGAAGUUAUGCCUGAUUUCUCUGAUCAAGUCAUUUAUGCUUCAUCAUCAGUCUUUGCCACGGCACAGCUUUCCUUCACCGUACUAGGUGACUCAUCGUCAACCGACUGGGAUAAGGCUUGGUCUACCUUUAAGAAGAAAGGGAAGAAGACCCUAUUCUCGGAGUUCUCACCGAACAAAUAUGUGACCUGGAACCCACGGCGCAGUGAGUAUCCAUUGUCAGAAGAAGUCGAUCCAAUCAAAAGAGCUGAGAGGUCUAACUUGAUGUUGUGGACAAGCCCAAGGUUUACCUUGGUAGGGGCUAUUAUCAUCAUUUCGGCAUUGCUAAUCUAUACAUUGGUUGUCCCACCCAAGUAACUGCUGAAGUGACAGAUAACAGGUGAGCUGUAGGCCGAAGAUUCUACUUGGAAGUCUGUAUUGUACAUUUAGUUUGUACUAUACCAAGUAUAUCAUGGUUCUGUAUUGCUUCAAGCACAUUCUAAUAGAUCAUAAUAGAGUACUCCUUCAUUUUGGUGAUUUUCUUCACUUGUA